UGCGUGAAGACCCGCGAGGCGGGGGGGCGGGGCCAAGGUGUUCCUCAACGUCUGCCAUUCCCGGGAGGUGCCGCCCCCCCCGCCGCUGUCCCCCGAUGAGCUCUGGCGCCUCCUGCACGGCCCCGACCCCUCCCCCGAGGUCAACUUCCGGAUCCCCAUGAGCCUGGGGGAGCCGCACGCGGAGCUGGACAAGGCCGGCCAGCCCUGCACUGCCUAUGACGUUGUGGUCAACUCCGGCUUCUUCCACACCCUCAAGGCUGACCCCAUGUACCUGGAGUUCUUCCUCACUGUGGCUAUGGAGGGGCUAUCAGAGAAGUACGGGGUGGAGCUGGACCUCAGUGACUGGAGGGUGCUGCAGAACCGCAAGUUCCUUGGCUCCAUCUCAACCCAGAGCAUCCGGAUGCGGCCCCGCAUCCAGGAGCUGGAGGACCACCCCUCUCUGGACCCCCCCAUGUUCGUGGUAGUGGCUGAGCCCUCGGUUGAGCACCCAAAGGUGCUGCAGGCACGGGUGCUGCUGCCCCAUAUCGAGGGGGCGGGGUCUCUGCACCUGGGCCUGAACCAAGAGCGCUUGGAGCUGGGGGGGGCCGAGGGGGGCGCCCCCCUCCUACAGCUGGAGCUGCCCCUCCCCCCGGACCCCACCCGCUGCCACGCCCACUUCCACCGCGGUACCAAGGUUCUCACCGUGACGAUGCCGCUGGAGCUGUGA